CCUGACAGCUUUCGAAUGUGCCAUUCAAGCAAAAAUCCAAGGUGGAUCAGACCACUGAUCUUGAAAAAAACGCGUUCAUUUUUCAAUUCUGAAUCUCAGAAUCGGCUUCGAUCCCUUCGCUUCUCAUCUCCUACGGCCGUCCAUGGCGGCUACGGCUGACCGGCUCCGCCCUGUCGUGACGUUUGCCGGCCAGGGGAUUCGGUUUGAUCAGGAUUCGGCGGAGACUCCCCCUCUGCUCUCUAGGAUGUUGUCUUAUCCGAUUGGGAUUAUUCACCACCAGUUGAGCCGCCGUCUUGGUGCCGGGAAGCCACAACCACCGCGGCGUCAGCAGUCUUUUAGUCGAGAUUUUGGUCAUGCUGCUGCGGAGACCGUUCUUGUUACUCGGUUGAGCUUCACUCUCCUUCGAUCUCUUGGGGUAGGGUACCGGUGGAUCGUAAGAUUAACUGCACUUGCAGUGUAUGCCAUUCUUCUUAUGCCCGGUUUUCUUCAAGUUAUGUAUGAUUAUUUCUUCUCAAGUCAGAUUCGGAGGAAUAUUAUUUAUGGAAAUCAACCAAGAAAUUGCUUGGAUUUGUAUUUACCUACAAAUACUGAUGAAAAAAAACCAGUUGUGAUAUUUGUUAGUGGCGGAGCUUGGAUUAUUGGGAAUAAAGCAUGGGGAGCUCUUUUAGGAAUGCAGUUGGCAGAGAGAGAUGUCAUUGUAGCCUCAAUUGACUAUAGAAAUUUCCCGCAGGGUACCAUUAGUGACAUGGUGACAGAUGUCUCUCAAGGGAUCUCAUUUGUCUGCAAGAAUAUAGCAGACUAUGGAGGAGAUCCGGACAGAAUCUUUCUAAUGGGACAAUCAGCUGGUGCACAUAUUUCCGUUUGUGCCCUCUUGGAGCAAGCAAUCAAAGAAGCUGGAAAAGGAGAGAGCGUAGAUUGGAGUGUUUCCCAAAUGAAAGCUUAUUUUGGUUUAUCUGGAGGUUAUAACUUGUCAAAACUAGUUGAGCACUUCGAUAGUCGGGGUCUAUAUCGUUCUCUCUUUUUGAGCAUAAUGGAAGGUGAAGAAUCUUUGGCCCAAUUUUCCCCUGAAAUAAGAAUCCAAGAUCCUAGCAUCAGAGAUGCUGUAUCCAGCUUACCUCCUUUCGUUCUUUUUCAUGGUACUGGUGAUUACUCAAUCCCAUCGGAUGCCAGUGUAACUUUUGUGGAGACACUCCGAAAAGUAGGGGCACAAGCUAACUUAUUUCUCUACGAGGGAAAAACUCAUACAGAUUUGUUCCUUCAGGAUCCUUUUCGUGGAGGCAGUUAUGAACUUUUUGAUCAAUUAGUUGCCAUAUUACAUGCUGGCGACGAGGAAGCUCUUGCAAAGGAUUCCAUGGCACCGCCAAAACCGCGUCUUGUUCCAGAGAUUUUGAUAGGAUUGGCACGAAUGGUUAGCCCUUUCUGAAGCCCUCCUCGUUUCUUUAUGCUUUUCACAAACAAAUGACAUCAAAAUAUUACCAUUCUGUUCUCCUGUGUUAUUGACUAUAUGUAUAAUCGUAGUAUGCUUUGGAAGCUCCUGAAUCCAGUCUGCAAUUGUAGUUGCAGCAGAGCAUUCAAAACUUUUAUUCCUUUCAUUGUGUAGCAUUAUUGUUAUCUGUAGUGCUCUUGUUGGUUUAGAAGUAGCAAGCCUAAGAUUACCCAUUGAUUAUGUUGUAUUAUUGUUUGAAUACUUCAUACCAAUUCGUUUAUUCAAUUUCGAAUGUGCAAUGUUCUAGUACAA